CGGGGGAACGUUUGUGGGGGCCAUAGCCGGCUAAGCUGCCCGGAGGGCCGGGGGUCUGGAGGGAGAGCUGGGCCUCCUGCGUGUCCCCUUUGUGUGGAGCACGGCUGCGUGCGGGGAGCGGGCGGGGCCGAGAGGGGCGGGCGGGCAUUUCCGCGCUACCUCGGCCCCCGGCAGCGUCGGGGCGGCUCGGCGGAGAGGGAACCCUGCCACUGGUGGCCAGCCGCGCUGGGGCGGGGAAGGUCCGGGAGCGCCGCGUCCAUGGACUAGCCGAGGCAGUGGAGGGACUCCCGAGUACGCUGACCACCGCCGCCUCGCCCUCCUCCCAACUUGGUGAAACUUGGCGAGCAGGCUACUGCCCCGACGCUGUGCUAUAGAAGAUGCACUAUUACCGAUAUUCUAAUGCAGAAGUCAGCUGUUGGUACAAAUACCUGCUCUUCAGCUACAACAUUGUCUUCUGGCUAGCUGGGGUGGCCUUCCUUGCGGCUGGUCUGUGGGCAUGGAGUGAAAAGGGUGUGUUAUCUGAUCUGACAAAGGUGACUGGUCUUCAUGGUCUGGACCCAGUGGUGCUUGUCUUAGUGGUGGGAAUAGUGAUGUUUACUUUGGGAUUUGCUGGUUGUGUAGGAGCACUGAGAGAAAACAUCUGCCUACUGAAGUUUUUCUGUGGAGCAAUUAUGUUUAUAUUCCUGCUGGAGCUGGCAGCUGCAGUUCUGGCUUUCCUGUUCCAGGACUGGGUGAGGGACAGGGUCAAGGAAUUCUUUGAGAAUAACAUUAAAUCCUACCGAGACGAUAUUGACCUCCAGAACCUCAUUGAUUCGCUACAGAAAAUUAACCAUUGCUGUGGUGCCCAAGGUCCAGAUGACUGGGAUUUUAACAUAUACUUUAACUGCAGCAGUGAAAGCAAAAGUCGUGAGAAGUGCGGCGUUCCUUUUUCCUGUUGUAUACCUGAUCCUGCACAAAAAGUUGUGAAUACACAGUGUGGCUAUGAUGUCAGAAAGAAGAGCAAGAGCGAAUGGGAGAAUCAGAUUUUUGUCAAAGGAUGUAUCCUUGCUCUUGAAGCUUGGUUACCCCGAAAUAUCUACAUUGUUGCAGGUGUCUUCAUAGCUAUCUCACUGCUCCAGAUUUUUGGGAUUUUCCUAGCCAGGACAUUGAUUUCUGAUAUUGAAGCUGUCAAGGCAGGUAUUGCCUUCUGAACAUAAAAGCAGACGUGUUGCAAAAAGUAUUUUACAGUUAUUGGUUGGACACCAAGGUGGAAGAAAUGCACCAUGAAAUACUCCUGUUAUUAAAAGCCUUAUGUGGAUUUUACCCCACUCAUGCUUUUUGUUAGAAGCCGAUACAAAAGAUCUCCAAAUACACAUCUGUCUACUUUUUUUUAAUGAGACAACUCAGUGCACCAGCAUUGAUCUCUGAGGAAGAAAUGGAAUUUCUCAAGACAUUGGCAGAACAGAUUGUAAAGAUUGUAGCAAGGAGACAUGAAACUGCUGUAAAAUCUUUCCUUGAAGGAUUACCCUGAAGAUUGUUCUGUUUUCACUCCCAACUGUCAUCAAUUCAAAACAUAAUCUUUUCAGAAGGUGUGCUGAUUUCUUCAGAAUCUUGAAAUCAUUUUAAUCUCUACAUGUAGACUCAUGCGGUCAUUUUUUGGCAAGAUACCCAGCAACCGUAAUCAUCAUGGUAUUGGAAAUCGGAAAGAAAACAGUCACAGAUUGUCUAGUUCUUUAAUUGCUUUUCAGUUGUGCAGAAGUAGGGAUAUUUCUGUUUGACUGGGAAUAACGUAGAUGUCUCAAGAGCAGGAACUUGUGCUAAGCAUCAGAGCUUCAGUAACCCAUGCCAUUUUAAAAACACAAGCCUUUUCUCAAGAGGGGAAAAAUCCGACUAUCUGUAGCAUUAUAUGUUAGAAAUCUCCAUUUUGGGCAAGGGGGUGUGAAUCCCUGGUGCUGUUUCCUGUCUGAAAAAAUGUAAAUAUUCUUUAUUUAUAGAAGAAAAAAACCUCUUUAAAAAUGCUUAGCUUUUUAUUGAUCAGUAAUGUCUUUAAGAAGUGCUGUCUGCAGAAAUUCCAAAAUGCAGCGUGUUUCAGUAGGUAGCAAGCACGCUACGCUAGCUGUUGAUGGUUUUUGCCUUUCCUCUAGUUUCUCUCAACUGCUAUAUUGAUCUUCACAAGUCCUAACUGCUAAUAUCAAGACUGAUGAAAAACAUUUAAAUUCAGUAUUGAUCCCUCCUGUAACUUGUUUUUUGAAUGAGGAAAUGCGCAUUUAAUGAAAGAUUAGAGUUGUUGACUUUUUAAACCUUCUGUAAAGCUAUUGAAUCACCAGUUCUGCUUGUAUUCUAAUACAUGGUUCAAAUGCCGCUCACAAUAUGGUGAACCAGAAUUUCUUCACUGCAGUUUUCUGCAUCAAACUGAACUGCUCCUGCUGAAGUAAUUUUUUUUAUUAUUAUUAUUUUUAUUGGAAGAAAACUAAACUCGCUUCUUCCUGUCCUCCCUUCUUGGGAGUUCAAUAGAUGGAUCUUUAGUUCUUCUCUAAAGUCUUCUCUGAAAGACUUUGUCAUAGUAUCUUUAGCUUUAAGAUAGAAGUAUGUGACUAAAAAGUUCUUGGAAAUAGCUGUAGUUGUCAAUUUUACUGUGGGCCAUAUAACUAACAUUGUUUACUGCUUCCAGUGACACCAGUUUUUUCAGGGAGAGCAGGUUUAUUUACAGUGCCUAACAUAGUGUAAAUUUUAGAAAAGUAUAUAUUUUUAUAAUGAUAUUUUACUACAUGUAGUCUGCCUGAAGGAUUUAAUACUUGUAUUUCCAAAGUAUACGGCUUUCUUAGGAAGCCAAAAUUUUAAAUAGCGCUCUGAUGUCGCUUUUUCUAUUAUGCAUGUAUUAACAAACAUUUCACUGGCAAAAGCUGAUCAACAGCAGGAAUCUUUGUGUCUGUAUUGAUUGUACAGUCGUCCUUCUAGCUUUUAAUCUGUGAAGCAGUUCACAGACAGUGCUGUACUUCUCAUCUACUUCAGUUCAGCUUUCAUAGUUCUUUUUCUGGCCAGUGAUUGAGACACAACAGGAAAAGGAAGCUUGUCUAAGGAUGCCUGAUUUCCUUACAGUAGCAGAAAACAGCCUGCUAUUACUCAUCUGAGAAACGUGAAAGUAAAAUCAUGAGAAGUGCAGUGAUUCUUUUUUUAAUUUUUUUUUUUUAGCUUUGAUGUACAACACGGAAACAGUAACAGGAGAUCAUUGAGCAGAGAGCAAGAGGCAUUUCUUUUGUGGAACCUUGAAUUUGGGGCCUGUAUUACUUAUUUUGUUGAAUCUAGUCCAUUAGGAGCAGCCAAAAAUUCACUGCUGUUACUGCUACUUUGCAAGCAGCAAAGCAGUGUCCAGCAAUCUUGGCUUUAAAUUCUGGUGCUUGAAACUACAACACCUCAUCGACCAACUUACUCUGUUAAGGUUAUCUGUAAUAAUCUGAUGUAUGUAAAAUUGGAGAAGGAUGCUUUCUAUUUGUAACUUUUUAUUUGUAAAACAUUGCAUUGAAAAUUGCAUCUAGGGAGUAUGUUUCCCUUUGCCACUUUUUGACACAGAAAUCUCCUGAUGCUGGGAAGUCAUUUCAGCAGUUGUUGAACGUCAUCAAGGUGUCUAAGAUAUCUGUGGAGUUCAUGCACUGAAAUUAGCUGCCGACAAGAGCCAUUGUCAUGGAUCUGGAUUCCAGUGUCUGCAAAUCUUGCCAAGUUGCCUGCAGACAAAUGAAUACUUGGUUUCUUUUUGAAGUACUUUUUGUAUGCAAAACAGAAUUUAAUUGAAGUGCUGUCUUUCCACAGUUUGUUCUUACUGGCUUUGGCCGUAUUAACACCAGCUUUGUAUCAAUGCUCCAGUUAUUUGGAACUGAAUUCAAGAGAGCAAGUUCAGGAUCUAUAAAUUCAUGGAGUGAUUUGUUUUCACUGUGGAUAAACUUCUCUGUGCUUA